CGGGUGGUGCCCGUGCGUCGGCGCGAUCGGGCCGUACACACUCCGAGCGGAUAUUGGCCAAUCGCAGCCUUCCUUAAGUGGUUCAUUCAUGGAGACGGAAGAUAUACGAACGAAACCUGAGGAAGAGCGGGUCACACCCUCUCAGGGUCUAUCAAAAAAAGCACAGAAGCGUGCUGCAAAGGCUGCGAGGCUCCAUGAACUUAAGCUUGAGCGCAGGGCACGCGAAAGGGAGACAAAAAAACGAAAGCAGGCAGGAGCGCGCCCGGGCUGCAGUCCAUUUAACGCAAGACUGGUUAUCGAUCUCGGGUUCGAUGAGCUGAUGACAGACAAGGAAAUCAAUUCUCUCACUUCACAACUGGCAUAUACGUACAGCACUAACAGGCGCGCACCACACGCCUUUUCAUCCUUGCUUUUCACGUCUAUCAAUGGCAGGACUAAGGAGCGCCUUGACGCCAUGAACGAUGCCGGAUACAGAAGGUGGUCAAACACAGAAUGGUGGGAGGAAAGCUAUGAGCGCAUAUGGACACGAUCUUUGUCCCCGUCUCAAUCUCCCUCUUGUGAGCCUACUGAUGCGCCAGCCGCCGACUCCACCAGCACUGAGACCGACACCACGGCCGACGCGGAUGAGCUCCGCAAAAGUGUAGUUUAUUUCACUGCGGAUUCGGAGAACGAGAUCCUGGAGCUCAAGGAAGGGGAGACGUACGUUAUCGGUGGAAUAUGUGAUCACAAUCGAUACAAGAACCUAUGCCUGAACAAGGCUAACGCGUCCCAGAUCCGCCAUGCUCGCCUUCCGAUCGGCCGUUACAUUGCCCUUGCGACACGAAAGGUGCUGACUGUCAACCAGGUGGUUGAGAUCCUGCUGAAAUGGGUCGAAACACGCGAUUGGGAAGAGGCGUUUUGGGCUGUCAUCCCGAAACGGAAAUUUCAGGGUAUUGAACGUGUCAGCCCCAAGGAUGAUGAUAGCACAACCAAUGAAGUGAGGGAUGGAAGUGAGCCGAGCGGUCAUGCAAAGAAGGAAUCGUCAGCUGGUUUGGAGGGACAUAGUAGUGCCCCUGUGGGCGAAGGUGGUGGGGACUUUGUGUCAGACAGUGGGGGAGAAGGAUAAACGCCGAGGAAAGACAUGCAGUCCUGAGCAGGCACUGAGG